UAGCUGUAUGGCUGUUGUGGCAAACCUAAUGUUAGCUGUGGUACUCUUAUUUUCUGGAGAAAUGAAAAGAUGGUCCCAGGGUUUGAUGCUACAUCAAGGAUUGGUGGAUUGUACUAGAGCUAUCCUUCUCCUACCCCUAGCCAAGUCUAUUUACUAUUGUGAAGCAGUGGCAAAAUGUUCUCUUGUGGAGACAGCGUUCCUUCUCCUAGUUACAGCAUCUAUGGUUAACCUACUAACCACUGUACUGAAUGACACGCCUAUCCACCCCCUUGAUGAGGAUGAUUCCCUUACUAUGUUUAAGGAGAGUCCCCAGUGUGUUGGGUUUGGAGUAUUUAUGAUCUGGUUCAGUAGUAUAACUAUAAAUCUAGGACCAACCUUUCUCAGUGGAGCCCUGGCUGCUCAUGCUGAUGAUCAAAUAAGAGAACCAUCAUGUCCCAUUAUACAGGGACCUUUCCGUCAUUAUAUACUCAACCUUCUCUGGAUUCUGAUCAAUCUUCUUUGCAUUUUUCUAACAAUCUACCAUCUCCGUAAACUAUACAGGGAUUUUACAGGAUGCAGUGCAGAGACGGCUAAGCUGGUCAACUUCUUUACUCCUAUUCUAAACCAUAACCAGGGUGAGGGUGGUCCUGAAAGCAUGCAAAAUAUGGAGAAGUAUAUUGCUAAGAUUGAACGGGAUGGUAUUCGCAGGGUCCGAAUGUUUACUGUUAUAACUCUGGCCUAUAUUAUGUUCUGGAGUCCCGUCUUCAUCAUCACUCUUCUUAAUCCAGGUUGGGAGUGGAAGGAAGCUAGGAAAUCAAUGGCACAUGAGGUGUCUCUACAUAUCGCAUUCUCUCAUUCCUUUGCUAACCCGUUGAUCCUUCUCACCCUGCACUCAGGUCUAAGAGAGGCAGGGUUAAACCUUCUCUCCUGCAUCUGCUGCUCUGCAAGAGGUGGAAACGAGCCACCAAUUGAAAAUCCUUUGCCCAUGUCUCAACGACAGUCACACCAUUUACUCUCUGUUUAAGCAAAGCAAUAAAAUGAAUUGCUUUUGUGCUCUAUACAAGCCAGCUUAAGAUUUGCUCUCUGUUUUUGUCAGUGUUAUACUUUUGCUCUCUGUUAGAACCAGAGCAAUUAUAUAGUUUGCUCUCUUUUUGAACCAGAGCAAUUAUAUAAUUUGUUUACUGUUUGAACCAGAGCAAUUAUAUAAUUUGAUCUCUUUUUGAACCAGAGCAAUUAUAUAAUUUGUCUUUUGUUUGAACCAGAGCAAUUAUAUAAUUUGUUUACUGUUUGAACCAGAGUAAUUAAAUAAUUUGCUCUCUUUUUGAACCAGAGCAAUCAUAUAAUUUGUCUUCUGUUUGAACCAGAGCAAUUAUAUAAUUUGUUUUCUGUUUGAACCAGAGCAAUUAUAUAUUUUGUUUUCUGUUUGAACCAGAGCAACUUUAUCAUUUGCUUUCUUUUUGAACCAGAGCAAUUAUAUCAUUUUCUUUCUUUUCGAUCCAGAGCAAUAUAAUUUGCUUUCUGUCUUUACCAGAGCAGAUUCAUAAUUUGCUCAAUGUUUUUUCCAUGGCAAAUAUAUCAUUUUCUUUCUGUUUGAACCAGAGCAUUUAACAAAUUUGCUCUAUAUUAACCCCAAAUUAAGUUUAUGAUUUGCUUCUUGUAAGAACCAUGAGCAGGUAGAUUGAUUUUUUUCAACCAGAGUUUUUUCAUUUUACCAAUUUGUUAUCACAGAAAUCCGCAAAUUGCUUCUAAAAAAUACAGUUUGCUAUUUAUUUCUUAUUCCGGUAAGAUCUUUAUGUUUUGGUAAUCGUUGAUGAAACUUGAAAUAAAACGUUGGCCAUCUUUUCAAUUGUUGAUUUUAUCUGUAAAAUUCUAAAAGAAAGAAUUUACCACCAAAAAGUUUUAAACUUUUAUAUUUCUUAGACUAUUUGAUCUAAC